UUGUGUUUUCAUUCCAGGAUAGGAAAGUGAGUCGUGCGUGGACCACUCUUGAGGAUGAUGGUAUCUUAGAGGAUAGGUUGAUUGAGCAUAUGUGGCAAGACAAUAAGGAGCCGAAGGAGAUCUUAGUCAAGCUCAUGGACAAGUUUGAUCUCAUAUGUGACGCUACUGUAGAAGCUCCUGUAGAAGCUCCUGUAGAUGGAGAAGUCACUGAGGUAUCAAAUGAAACAGAGAAGGAAAAGAAAUGCUACUAUGUUCCUUCCAGGCUAAAGGCACAUCGCUCCCCAAAAGAGAUUCCACAGAUCAAAUCUACAGACUUUUAUGUGGACUUCGGGGGCUUCUUACCAGAUGGGCUGUUUCAUCGGUUGAUGACUAGAGCAGUAAGAUGGAAGGGAAAAAGAAAAAGGGAAACAGUCAAACUUUUCUAUCGUCAGAUCCAAAUACCACUUGAUAAUAAGCAUCAAGCCUAUCUAGAGAUGUUACCCCCUCCUGAAGCAACUAUCAAGGUCACUGUAUUCCGAGAAGUGGUUGAUGGUUCUUGGGAUAGCCAUCAACCUCCAGCCCCAAAUGUUGUCAAAAAGGUAAGUAGCUCAACAGGGUGGUUUCAAUUACAACACAAUAGCAAUGAACAAAGACGGAGGCGCAUAACAGUUCUCUGACAUUUAUGAUAUGUGUUCACAAAAUAAUGUUUGUGUUCGAUUGGAAAACUGGUAGCUUGAUUUAGUCUGUCAGCACACAUCUGAGAAAGGUCUCUUAACCAUAGAAUUGAAACUGUCACUGGUAAACAGUUUUAGAUGUGUCAUAGAACAUAUUUCUUAUAGAAAAGAGAAAGUAGAGGUAACUGCAUAUAAGUUGAAUCAGUUGGGACCGCAAAGAAAAAUAUAGUUUGACUUGGGCAAUAAAUGGAAGUGUAAGUAACACAUGAUUUACAUAGGUCCAAGAAAUUUAUUUAACUUACAGAAAAUUUGACAUGUACUUGAGUUAUGCAGAGCUACCUGUAGUUGAUUUCAAUUAAGACAAUAGUAAAGUUAGACCAAAGGCACUUAAACUUGAAUUAGUAAUCAACUACAGUUGAAGGCAGAAUUAACACCAGUUCUAUUUCUGAAAGUCUGGUUAAGUUUAACCAUAUUCUACAUCCACUUUAUGUUGUAACACCAUUUAGCUAUCAAACUGUAACUCUGUGCUUCAUCAAAAUGGUAGACCUUUCUCAUACCUUUCUGUGCCAAUAGGUUUAUAGACAAUUGAAAUUAACUUCCAGGAGAAUAUAAAUGGUUCAUGAUGUAUUUUGGUCUAGAUAUAUUGGAAACAAACCUCAAAAUAAAUGUACUGUUUAUGGAUCAAGAAGAUGAGAGGACCAUUUUUCCCUCCACCCAAAUCGGCAAUGCCUGUUCAUAUGUCCCAGACUUUGUUAGCUUAAGAGACAAU